UCGCGGCCGCCGCGCAGCAGCUCCGAGGCUGGGCAACUCCCGCUCGCAGCCGCCGCCGUCCGCUCCAGGCCCGACAGGUCGGCGAGGACCGCCGCCCAACCAGAACGCGGGUAGCCAUGGCCGAAGCGGCGCCCUCCCGGGUUCCAGAAAGGGACAAGCAGAUGAACAACGAGAGGCCUCCUACUCCUUCUUCUCCCCAGCCAGCCGCUGAGAAGAGUUCGUACCUCUACUCUUCAGAAAUCACGCUGUGGACCGUGGUGGCUGCCAUUCAGGCCUUGGAGAAGAAGGUGGAUUCCUGUCUGACCCGAGUGCUGACUCUGGAGGGACGCACUGGGACAGCCGAGAAGAAGCUGGCUGACUGUGAGAAGACGGCCGUAGAGUUCGGCAAUCAGCUGGAGGGCAAGUGGGCUGUGCUGGGGACUCUGCUGCAGGAGUAUGGGUUGCUGCAGCGGCGGCUGGAGAAUGUGGAGAACCUGCUGCGCAACAGAAACUUCUGGAUCCUGCGGCUGCCUCCGGGCAGCAAGGGGGAGGUCCCCAAGGUGCCCGUGACCUUUGAUGAUGUGGCCGUGUAUUUUUCUGAGUGGGAGUGGGGCAAGCUGGAGGACUGGCAGAAGGAGCUGUACAAGCACGUGCUGAGGGGCAACUAUGAGACGCUGGUCUCCCUGGAUUAUGCCAUCUCCAAACCCGACAUCCUCACUCGGAUAGAGAGGGGAGAGAAGCCUUGUCCUGAAGACCAGUGGGGCCAGGAGAAGGGGAGUGAGGAAGAGGCCACACAUCCACCGAAGCUGGGCACUGGCCUCCCUCCACAUCCAGAGCGGAUCCCUAGCCCAGUCAGGCCUCCUGAGGAGGAGCCAAAAGAAGAUCAAGCCCCUGAGCUGCAGCAAGAUGAAGGAACAAGAGUGACUCCACCUGUGCCAGACACCAGACCUCCAGCAAGCACCAGUGUUUUGUCCUCAAUUAAACAGGAGGGAGAAUCUUCAGGGGCUGAGUCACGAACCUCACCUCCCAAGGACAUCGUGCCUAGUGUGGGGUCAGGUGGUGCUGGUGUGGCCAUCAAGAUAGAAGCUCAAUCUGAGGACGAGAUGGUGCCCGAGCAGCUCUUCAUGGGGUCCCCAAGCCGGCCCAAGUGUAGAAUCUCCAAAGGUCCCAGAAGCAGGACUAGAGGCCCCCGGCAGCAUCAUGCCCAGGGAGUGCCAAGGGUGCCUGUGGGGGAGUCCCAGGCAGCAGGGGCUAGAGGAGAGCCCCCUCGGGUCCUCCCUCGCCGGCGGGAGCGGGCUUUCUUCUGCUCUGAUUGUGGGCAGAGCUUCCGCUUGAAGAUUAACCUGACCAUCCACCAGCGGACCCAUGUGGAAGAGGAACCCAGAGAGGCGUGUGGUGGCUCAUCCACUAGCUGGGAGGAAGGCCACUCCACUCUGGAGCCAGGGGAGGUGGUGGUGCCUGGUCCUGUCAUCCGCUGGCUACCUGAGGAGCCCAUGGGCCAUCGUCGCUCCUUGGCAGGCCGAUCUUUCAUGGGGCAGAGGCCAGCAGCCACCAAGGUAUACCACUGCAGCGAGUGCCUGCGUUUCUUCCAACAGCGGAAGAGUCUGCUUUUGCACCAGCGCCAGCACACAGGCCACAGCCAGGGCUGGCCCUCCUGUCCCUACUGUGGCAAGGCGUUCCGCCGGCCCUCAGACCUCUUCAGGCAUCAGCGCAUCCACACUGGCGAGCGGCCCUAUCAGUGCCCCCAGUGUGGCCGGGCCUUCAACCGGAACCACCACCUGGCUGUCCACAUGCAGACCCACACCCGAGGCCAGGCAGGCCUGCACUUCCUUGUGCCCACCACCCGCCAGGGGAGCUCACCUCUGCAGGGCACCAGCCAUGAGGAGGCCAUGGCCGAGGCGGCCACCGCGCCGGGCUGGCAUGUAGGGACUCCCCUCCAACAAGAGGCCCAGAUCCAAUCCACAGAGAGCUCUCUUCUGGCCAUCCUGGCUGCUGUUCAGGCUGUGGAGAAGAAGAUGGAGUCUCAAGCUGUCCAUCUUCAGAGCCUGGAGGUACGAACAGGGACAGCUGAGAAGAAGCUGGCUGACUGUGAGAAGAGGGCCGUGGAGCUCAGCAAUCAGCUGGAGGGCAAGUGGGCCGUGCUGGGGACUCUGCUGCAGGAGUACGGGCUGCUGCAGCGGCGGCUGGAGAAUGUGGAGAACCUGCUGCGCAACAGAAACUCUUCAGUAUUGUGGCUGCCACCGGGCAGCAAGGGGGAGGUCCCCAAGGUUCCCAUGAGCACUGAAGAGGUAGCCCGGUGUUUCUCAGAGCAGCAGGAGGGCAGCUUGGGAGACUGGCAGAAGGAGCUCUGCAAGCAGAUCCCAAAGGGGAGCCAGGAGACACUGGGCUCCCUGGAAACACGCCUGCUGGGGUCUCCCCCAGGAGUUCUGCCCUGGAUUAAGCAAGAGGAAGAGGCAUGUGGGAGGAACCUGCAGGAACUGACCACUACACACCUGGGCUCAGAGACCUGGCUGGCCAGCAAAGAGAAGAGCCUAGAAGGAGAGUCUGAGGGGCUGGAGCCAGCCUGGGCAACUGAAGGAGAACCUGGCAAAGAGGACUGCGAAGAGGGCAACUGUAGGGAUCCACUUCCUGUCUCCAGGGAGAGAGAGAUGGCUGCCCUCCCUCCAGGCCCACAGAGCCAGGCUGUGUCAGGCGCUGAGGGCAUAGAGCAGUGCUUGCCCUGGGCUGAGAGGGGCCAGAACUUCAGCAGCAAGGAACUUGUUGUGCAACAUAAGCGCACACACCAUGGCCCCCAACCUUUUGCCUGUGGCCAGUGUCCUGAGAGUGUCACACAGCCGACCACCCGCAACAGCCACCUCCGUGCACACAAGGCACAGCGUGACUACACCUGCACCCAGUGCGGCAAGAGCUUUGUCCACCAGUCAACACUCACCACGCACUAUCGCACGCACACCGGGGAGAAGCCUUAUGAGUGCACCGAGUGCAAGAAGCGCUUCGGCCGCCUGUCUACGCUGCUAGAGCACCGGCGCACACACACAGGUGAGCGGCCUUUCCCGUGCUCACAGUGUGGCCGCCGCUUUGGUCGUCUGUCCACGCUGGUGGAACACCGGCGCACACACACAGGUGAGAAGCCCUUCCCAUGCACCCAGUGUGAAAAGCGCUUCACACGCCUGGCCAACCUGACUGUGCACCAGAGCGUACACUCAGGAGAGCAGGCCUUCCAGUGUGCCCAGUGUGGCACGUGCUUUGCACACAAGCCUGCCUUCCUGCGACACCUGCGUGGACACUCUCAGGAGAAGCGCUUUACCUGUGGUCAGUGUGGCAAGAGCUUCACCUGUCGCUCCUGGCUUGUGCGCCAUCAGGGCAGUCAUGCCAGUCGGGCUGCCUCUGCUUAUGUGGCUUGCAAGAGGGACUUCUCAAGCCAUGAUCCCCUUAAAGAUGCAGCGUGGGGAGGGUCCCUCAGUGACCCUCCUGUAACACCCAGAUCUGAGGGCAACAGAAUAGAACAGGACCACAGAUUGCACCCUGGUGGGAGGCAGCUGAGUGAUCAGGAAGGCCUGAGACGGUCUCUGCACAGUUUCCUGUCCCGUGUGAAGAUGGAGAAUGCAGGAUAG